UUUCGAGUUUACUUUAUGAUCCUUGACUACAUGUCAUUUUGCUUCUGGAUUUUCUUGGUUUUUGUGUUUACACACUUCUGAUCAAGCAAGAUUCUUUCUCCUCUCCGUCAGUGUAGUUCCUUUCUCGUCAAACAAGUUGGUUUAUUAUUGCGGCAAGCAAAUAUUGCGAAGCAGAGCCUUGUCUCUGUUUUGGAAUACCUCAUUGUCAAAUUGUCGUGGAAAGCAGACAAUGUUCAGGAAUGUAGAAACGAUCCUAACAUUCAUGAUUGAUGGAAAGUUAGGUUUAGGGGGUUAGUUUAAAAUAAUGAAUUGGCUUUCAUUUAAUCGUGAUGGCUGUUCCUAUUAACUUUGGAAACGCUGUUCCUUAAGUUCUUAUUUAGUCAGCCCAAAGGUUAAAGGUUCCGUAUGGUCAUCAUGACAGCUUUUCGUUUUCUUUUUAAAUUAGACAUUUUCUUGAAAGACAAUGCAAAUUUGAUGUCCAGACAUAGGUGCUAACGUGGUUAGAUACAACCUCAUUCUAUUCACGGAACUUCAACUUCCUUUUUAGUUAUGCCGGGUCUGAUGAAACUACCGUUCAAAUCGAAGGCUCUUUAGCAGAGUGAGUGAACCUAAAAGUCACUGGAUACGACAUGGCUUCAUCAAACGUGUGCCCAACUGACGAUGCAAUUCAAGCAUUCCUAGAAUACUUGGUUUACCCAAUGCUGCCUGCAAAAUCAUCUGUUCGGGAUAAUCCCACAUCAUCCCAACAGCAGUCAGUUGCAAACCAGGUGCAUUCUGUUGUGUUGCUGUAUAAUUACUACUACAGAAGACAGCACCCAGAGCUAAAAUUUUUACCUUUUGAUGAAUUUUGCAAAUUGGCUGUUGUUCUGAAGCCAACUUUGUUAGCAUAUAUGAAUUUCAUGCAACAAUGUGGUGAAACUGAACUCAAUGACGUGGAGAAACAACUUUCUGUAGUAGAGAAAAUGAUCAUGGAUGCAUGUGAUAUAUGUAUGUGUUUGGAUGCGGCAAAAACUGUUCCUAAUAUAGAGGGAUGGCCCAUUGCAAAAGUUACAGUCCUUUUAAUAGACUGUAAGAAGGAGAAAUGCUUUUUGCUUUAUAAUUCCAUCACUAAGGGAGUUUGGUCCGUGAUUGAAAAAGAUGUUGACUUUUCCAGCCAAAGUUAUGAAGAUACGAAGGGAGCAAAAUAUACAUUAAAAAAGAAAAGAGUUAUUAGAAAGAAUACAAAAGACAAAUUGAAUGUCGAUGAAGCUGGACUUUUGCAAAUUGGCUAUUCUGCUGUCAAGGAAGCUGUAGGUAUUGACCAGACAAAUGUUAUGCUCUUGGAAAGCCACACUCUGUACUCUCACAGCAAAGAGAAGACAGCUUCCUUCUUCUUGAUCAUGCAGUGCUCCCAUUUGAUCAAUCAGGAGGUUAUUCAGGUUCCUAUCAAAGAUGUAAUUGAUAGCUUGCAGGGCCCUUUGAUCACGAAGAGUACUAGCAGUUGGACGGUCACCCCAGCUGUAGAGCACUUCCAUUUGCUUCCUUAUUCUAAAAUAAUCUUAGAGUGGCUUUCUAGAGGAACAUUCUCGAAUGGUUUGCAAGAUUCAAGGACGACAGAGAAGAUUAUGAUGGGGGGCAGUCCUAGAAUGACAGAAUCUUGUGCAAUUGAGGAUAUGUCUAUUGGUCUUGAUAACAGGCCAAGCAGAAACAAUACUGAAUUGCUGAAACAGGAAGAAAAUAAUCAAGACUGUGAAGACUGUGAAGGCAUACCCUCUUAUUGUAAUAGGGAGCUCCAAAGCAUGGAUGUCGAAAAUUGUUCGCUUGUUCCAUUUCAAGAGAAAGAAAAAUGUCAGUAUUUUGCCGAUAUCGUACAGACUCAAGAAACAAAAAAUUCAUCUGUGCAAAAUUAUCCAUUGGGCUAUACCAGUGCUCCCAAGGUUGUGACGACUAUGACACAUAUCACUGAAGAGGAAACCAACGGUCUUGCCACAUGUAACAAGAUUUUCAUCAACACUUCAUCAAUAGAAGACACGAAGGAUCGGUGUGCUCUGGUUACAAGUCAGUCCAAUACUAACAAUUUUGAUCACGAGAAGUUCCAAAAAUUUUUAGCUUUGAAGGGAGAGAUACUGUCACAAACUUCCCUUAAAGUUCUUACUCGGAGGAGGAAUGAGCUGGCCCUCCAGCAACGAAAGAUAGAAGAUGAGAUUGCUCUGUGCAAUAAAAAAAUUGAGACAAUAUUAACUGGUGGGGAGGGUGCUUUGGAGUUAAAGAUAGAAUCCAUCAUAGAAGGCUGCAACAAUGAGCAUGGAAUGACAUCUCAAAAUCUUGAGCACCAUUGCUCUCCACCAUGUAUCAAGAGGAAAAGAUUGUCAGAGGCUGUCCUCAUUAUGCAAAGUGCAUGCCAGGAUGAGGGUAAAGUGGGAAUGGGAGAAGGAGAAAGGAGGGACAAGUGGAAGAAAUUGAGGGAAAAGUAA